AUGGCGGAUGGAGAGCGAUCGCCGCUGCUGCCGCCCGAGGCGGGGCCGGGGCCGGGCGGGACCGCGGCCGCCGGCGGCGGAGGGGCGGGUCCCGGCGAGGGCCCGCCCCCUUACUCGCCAUUGGGCAGCCCCGAGGCGGUGGGGGCGGGGCCCCCAGCGGUCACGUGCCGCGUUUGCCAGCGGCCAAUCAGUGUCGAGGGCAAGACGCACCAGCACGUGGUGAAGUGCGGGGGGUGCGGCGAGGCCACGCCAAUCCGUACGGCCCCUGGCGGGAAGAAAUACGUGCGGUGUCCCUGCAACUGCCUGCUGGUGUGCAGGGCCUCGGCCCAGCGCAUCGCCUGCCCACGGCCAUACUGUAAGAGGAUCAUCAACCUGGGCCCGGUGCAGACGGGAGCCCCCAGCCCAGACCCACCCCCCGGCGGGGUGCGAGUGGCCUGUGCCCACUGUGGGGGCCCCUUCCUGUGGGCGGAGCUGCCCGACCGAUCCCUGGCCCGCUGCCCCCACUGCCGCAAGGUGUCUGCGAUUGGCCGGCGCUUCCCGCGGCGACGCUGCCUCUGCUGCCUGCUGGGGGCGCUGCUGAUGGGCGGGGCCGCGGCUGGACUGGCGGUGAGGGCGGGGCCUGGUGGGCGGGGCUUAAAGGAGCGCGCCCCCAGCAGUCAGGACAGAAGAGGGCGUGGUCGGGAGGGCGAGGCCGGUGGAAGUGACCACGCCCCCCUGCCCCGCCCAGGCCGGGACGUGGUGGCUGUGGCGCCGGGCGCGGUGGGUGCCGGCGGCGUGGGCGGUGCUGGGGGCGGGGGCGGGGGCGUGUCUGCUGCGCGCAGCCUAUUGGGGCUGCGUGCGGGUCAGCCAGCCCCUCCCCCCGCGCGCCUGACCACGCCCACUCGCCGCCGACACGCCCACCGGGACUCGCCCCACCCGCGCGGACGAGUCCCACCCCCUGUGGGACACGCCCCUUCGCCGUGGGACACGCCCAGGGGCGUGGCCGCGUCACGGGGCGCGCCUCUGUCGCGGUGA